GGCAGUGUCAACAACAAAAAGAACAAAAACCGAAAGAGAAAAGUCAAAAAAGAAAUUCUGUAAAAGAAAACUUUAUAUUUUUUUUUUUCUGUGCGUUUAAUACUUAAAGCAUGGAAUUGCCUUCAAUGGUGGAGCGUGCAGGAGGACGUCUGGUGGUGCGUAGCCUGGUGAGCGGUGCAACGGUUUAUCAGCAAACAGUGGAGUCCACUAAAGCAAUUGACGCAGCAGCAGCGAUGCAGCAUCCGCUGCUGGCCGCUGAGCAGCUCGAGCGUCAGCUGCUGCAGUUGAACAAGAAGGCUACAAGUCUGGCGCUGGUGGUGCCGCCGCCGCCGCCGCCACAGCUGCUAUUGCCACCAGUUACUGCUGACAGUCAGGUGGAGGAAGUGGAGGAGCUGCCGCAGUGCAAGAUUAGACGCAACUAUAGCUGCAGCAGCUGCGCGUUCUUUACACAAAAUCCACGCAGUCAUUUGUCGCAUCUACGCGAUGUGCAUGGCGAGAAGAUUGUGAUUAACGAGUGUAAGCUCUGUCUGUAUGCCUCGCGUCACUUUCAGAAGCUGGUGCGGCACAUGAAGAUGGUGCAUGGCUGCUCGGAUGAGAGCUCAGGCGGUUUGCCUGGACGUAGGCAUGUGAAUCGCGAGGCACGCAAGCGUCGCCUCGAAGAGAGCAUUGAGGUGGCUUCGAUGGCGCCUACGCUGCAGCAGCUGAAGUCCGAGCUGCUGCAGCAGGAGCAGCAGCUGCUUAGCAAUGUGGCCGCCUACAAGCGUCAGCAGCAACAGCAACAGCUGCAGCAGCUUGUGCAGCAGAGCAGCAAUCUCUUCUCCAUGGCUUUCGAGUUUCAGCUCUGCAUGUUGUCCGAUCCAAGCAAUGCCCAGCAGCCAGAGCAGCUGCUGACGCCAGCCGAGCUAGACCAAAGCAGCAGCGACUCGGAUUCCCAGCCGCUGGCAGAGGAGUGUCUCACCCCGGAGGCAAUGGAUUUGAGCAGCGGCGAUGUGAAUAGCAAUAGCUACAAAUGCCAAAAGUGCUCCUAUUCCACGCCUAUGCGUGCUCGCUUCAAGAAGCAUGUCAAAUAUCAUUCCAUGCCGCUCAUCAAAUGCGCCUCUUGCGAUUUUCAUUCGCCCUACAAAUGGAAUCUGGACAGGCAUACCAAGAAUCAUGGCGCCAAUGGUUACUUCAAGUGUUAUCUUUGUGAUUUUAGCACCAACAUUAAGCAGAGCUUGACCAUACAUGAGCUGAAUCAUCAUGUGGCUACGCGUCGUGGCCAAAAGGCAGCCAGUCCACCGGCUGCUUCAUCUUUAGUGAGCAGCGCGCCUUUGCCCACACCCACGCCCAUGCACUUGACAUUGGAGCCAGUUGCGCAGCCUUGCGAGUCUAGCUUGGAGCCUUUGAGUGAGGAGGAUGUGCGCACUGAUCUUGGCUACUGCGGCGUGGAAACAGCUCCCGGCUAUGGCGAGGUAACGGAGCAGCUGCCGCAUGAGGACGCCGAUGCUUUGAAGAAGGUCUUCAAGUGUCCACACUGCACCUUCUGGGCUGCAACAGCUUCACGCUUCCAUGUGCACAUUGUGGGCCAUUUGAAUCGCAAACCCUUCGAGUGCUCGCUUUGCUCCUAUCGCUCCAACUGGCGCUGGGACAUUACCAAGCAUAUACGCUUGAAGGCCAUGCGCGAUAAGUCGCAUCUGAUUGCGCAGGUGCUGAUGAACGAUGAGACGGGCAGACGCAACUAUGCCAAGUAUAAUCAGUACCUGACGCUGAUGAAAGUAAGCGCGGAGCAGGCAGCGGAUGCCAAGAACAUGCGCUGUGGUGAAAUGCCAGGCAAUCUGUAUAAUAUGCCGCCGCCGCUAGACGAGGAGCAGCAGCAGCAGUCAGCGCCAGUUGAGCCUACAGCUGAGUCAGCUGCGCUGGAUUUGCGCAAAGCGACGCUGGAGCAGUCGGCAGAACCAGGCACCGACUAUGAGCAGCAGUCCAGCUCUAGAGCCAAGACUGUGCGCAAGCAGCGUCGUUUGACUGUUAGCAGCAGCGCUAAGCUUAAAUAAUAUUAGUACAUGAAUUAAUUGUAAACUAUGUACAAACAAUUAAUAAUA